AUGGCUUUCUGGCCUGAGGAAGAUAGCGAUACAAAUGAUUUGGAAGAUUCAAAUACAUCGAUUCAGUCACUUCAUAUUGAUGGUAAGUUUGCUGAUUAUGCCAUUUUUUAUUAUAUUCAAGUAAUUUGUUGGGGUUUUUUCAAUGUAUUAAUGUGAUUUUAUAUGUAUAAAUAUUAUUAAAUUGUUGCACGUAUUAAAGUGUGCAACCUGUGAUUCCUGUAUUUAUUUAAUACCAUUUGAAACAAAUACAUGUUGUUUUGACCAAAUAAUUUUUUCAAUUGUGUAUUAAAGUUGUGUUCAAUUUUUGUCUUGCCCAACCAAAAUCUCAUUGAAAAAGUCUAUACUCACUAGUACAGUAUAUGCAUACAGUCCAUAUAUAAAAUAAAAUAAAAUAAAAUAUGCAAAUGCUUAAUAAUUGCGUAGAUGAAGAAGUCGAUGACUCUGUUACUUUAUGUCACUCUGGAAGAUUGCUAACUAGUACGCCUAAGAAAGUCUGCAGGAAAUUAUAUGAUGAUUUAAGUUAUGAGACUUCUCAGUGUUCAAAUGUACAAAAAGAUUGUGGUGAUGGCAGACGGGGAACGAAACACAACCUGACACCAAACUCAAAGAGUUUGAAUCAACCUAAUGCUAAACGGUUUCUGGUUGGUAUGUGAGCAUAAUUAAGGCUGUUUUCCACUAGACAGGAUUUUGCAUGUGGAACAGAAUUUUUCUUUGGCUUUUUACAAUCAGUUAACUGCCUGAGUUCACAAAGAAAAAUUCUGCUCCUCUUACAAAAUUCUGCCUAGUGGAAAAGUUUUAAUAGAUGUUUUGUGAAAAAGUAAACUGCCUGUUUAUCUACUCAACUGUUUCAACUGUCUGUUUUAUCUAAUUUAUGGUAAUAUGCUGGAGCACUGAAAAGCAAAAUCCACACAAAUAUGAAAAUUGAUUUCUAAGUUAAAACACCAUAUCAUGGGCAUAAAUGGACUGCUUUGGCAAGGGGGGUUGUAUAUAUUUGAGGGGCUGUGUUUUUAGAUGCAGGGAGGAAGCUAUUGUCUAAAGAGAUUUUCUGUGGAGUGCUUCGCUAUUUAAAGGGGUAUGCACCUCCACCUGAUUGCCACCCCUAGACCCAUGAUCUCUUUGUCAGUGAAUAUAAUUUUUUCUCUUUUUUAAGGUGGUAAACCAUCUGGCAAGGAAGUAAAUUACAGACGAUCUAUGUUAGAAUCUAAGAUCAAUGCUGCCUUUGUUCAACAGGAAAACUGCGAAGUGGACAAAGCGGUUGUGUUAUCUUAUCUUGGGCUUAAUGAGGAUGAAAGCAUCUUAGUUAGACGCACCAUUAAGAGUAUUUUCCCAAUGGUUAGGACAAGACGUAACAGAGUGAAUGGCAUGUAUCCUUUACUAUGGUUUAAAAUAAUCCUAAAUAAUGUUAUGCCCAUUUGCAAGAGUGUGUACAAUCUAUUACAGAGUCAUAUUUUGAACAAAUAA